GCUCGACUGCACGUCUUCCGUCCUCGCUCAGUCAUCACCGAAGCGGCUCUUGCCUUUUGUCAAAGACUCCACCGUUGAAUUCGUUGGAUAGACAGAGGCGUCCGAACAUGCAGAUUUUCGUCAAAACCCUCACGGGUAAGACCAUCACUCUUGAGGUCGAGUCUUCGGACACCAUCGACAAUGUCAAGGCUAAGAUCCAGGACAAAGAGGGCAUCCCACCCGACCAGCAGCGCCUGAUUUUUGCCGGAAAGCAGCUCGAAGACGGUCGCACCCUCAGCGAUUAUAAUAUCCAAAAAGAGUCUACCCUCCACCUUGUCCUUCGUCUGCGCGGUGGUGCUAAGAAGCGCAAGAAGAAGACUUACAACACCCCGAAGAAGAUCAAGCAUAAGCGCAAGAAGGUCAAGAUGGCCAUCUUGAAGUACUAUAAGGUUGAAUCCGACGGCAAGAUCAAGCGUCUCCGUCGCGAAUGUCCUUCGGCUGAGUGUGGUGCUGGCGUCUUCAUGGCCUUCCACCAUGACCGUCAGUACUGCGGCAAGUGCGGCCUGACCUACACCUUCCAGCCCGGCGCUAAGCCUCCCGUCGUUUGAGAUGUAGCCAUUAGACUAUCCCAUGUGCGUUUGUGUCGCUGCCGCGUCAAUGAACGAGUGUUUGCCUGCUAUACUAUACGCUGCUUGAAUCAUGGUC